AUGGAUGUAAAUGAAGAUCUUAUUAAAAAAAUUACCGCCAAAUCUUCAGUUCCCAUAGUAUUUAGGAAAUAUAUAAUUGAUUGGCCUUUGUGUCAAUGGGAUCCACAGAAAUGGAGUUCGAUAUUUGGUAACACGAAACUACCUUUUCGAUGUCUGAGAAAAGAUUUUGUUUCGGAUGAACCCUGCUGGGAAAGGCGAUGUCGGGAAAAGAUGAUGACUUUCGAAAGUUUUUUGGAGACUAUCAAUACUAGUAGAGAAUGGAUGUAUUUUGACUACAAAUAUAUUCAUAAAUGGAUUAAAAGUGAUAGUGAACUGUGGAAGGAAAUUUCAUGGAAGCAGUUUGGAUACCCCGAUAAAGGAGCCCCUGAUACAACACUAUGGAUUGGUAGUAAGGGUUGUCACACACCAGCUCAUCAAGACACUUAUGGGUAUAACAUUGUAGCUCAAGUGUAUGGCCGCAAGAGGUGGAUACUUUUUCCACCUGAAACUGGUGGUUUGAAGCCUACCAGAGUACCUUAUGAGGAGUCCAGUGUUUAUAGUGAACUGAAUUUCUACUGUCCUGUUGAUUUAGAUCGCUUUACUGGUCUAACUGGUGCUAGAGUGGUGGAACUGUCUCAAGGGGAUGCCCUCCUUGUACCGAGGGGCUGGUGGCAUUAUGUACAAAACCUUGACCCUUUAAAUAUUAGCCUUAAUAUCUGGUUACCCCAUGAAAAGGACAAUUCGACACAAAUCUCUGAAGCUCUUAUAAAAUUAUUGAUAGCACAAAUUUGUAAGGACUUACCACCGGAAACAUCAAAACUGUUAGUGAAUCCAACUGAGGAUGAUAUAUCGGACACACCUCUGGCGGUAUUAUUUUUACAAUUGGACACUGUUGUUAAAUCCUAUUUGGAUAAAAAAAGGAAAUCACGUCGAAUGAAAAGACAAAAAACAUGCGAAGAUAACACCCAAGAGACUGACGUCGAGGAAUUUGAUCUUAAUUCUUUAUUAAAUAAACUAAGUAACCUAGAAGUCGUUCCGGCGAUUAGUUCUAGUGAUCUCAUUGAGUUGAUAAAAAGUAAUAUAAAGGAAUUCGUCGUUAAGGAGAGGACGCCUGAUGAAGAUGAAACAGAGGGCGCCACUAGUAGCCUUUGCUUAACAAAGGCUGUGAUCGACGCAUUCAGCCAAAGCAAUGUCAUUGAUAUGGUGAAGCAAAACCUUUUUGCUAAACUUGGAUAUAACUCAUAG